AUGGGACCCAGGACGCAUGUUGUGCGGAGAUGGUACGCGGCAGGCGGCCGUGGCGGAGCCAAAAAUGGCGAUGUGGCGAGAAAGAUGUACGAUCGGCUGGCGGCCACACUGCGCGAAGUGCGUGGGCUGACGAACUCGGUGCCGUUGACACUAUCUGAGAAGCUGCUUUAUGCGCACCUCUGCGAGCCGGCAGGCAGUUUGAGUUCUGCGCGUCUGGAAGACAUCCGCGGGAAAGUGUAUCUGCAACUACGGCCGGAUCGAGUGGCCAUGCAGGAUGCGUCGGCCCAGAUGGCGCUUUUGCAAUUCAUGGCUGCCGGGAGAAAUCAGACGGCCGUCCCAGCCUCUGUACAUUGCGACCACCUGGUAGUAGGCAAGGACGGUGAGAAGGCAGAUCUGGCGGAUGCGGUCAGCAUGAACAACGAGGUAUUUGAUUUCCUGCAAUCGUGUUGCACCAAGUAUGGCAUUCAAUUCUGGGGUCCUGGGUCUGGCAUCAUUCACCAGGUUGUGCUCGAGCGGUUCGCUGCGCCCGGCCUGAUGCUGCUGGGGACCGACUCGCACACGCCCAACGCAGGAGGCCUUGGUACACUGGCAAUAGGCGUGGGUGGUGCUGACGCAGUUGAUGCGCUUUCAGGCAUGCCGUGGGAACUCCGUGCGCCACGUAUAUUGGGUGUCAAGCUGACGGGCCAACUAAAGGGUUGGGCGGCUCCGAAGGAUGUCAUAACCAAAUUGGCAGGGCUUCUCACGGUGCGUGGGGGAACCGGGUACAUUAUGGAGUAUUUCGGGUCCGGUGUAUCAACGUUAUCCUGCACUGGCAUGGCAACUAUAUGUAAUAUGGGUGCUGAGGUAGGUGUCACGACAUCGCUGUUUCCCUAUGGAGAGGGCCACAGAAGAUAUCUAGCCGCCACUGGAAGGUCCGAGAUCCGAGAUGAGGCAGACAGGGCACUUGAUAAAUAUGGGCUACUAAAAGCUGAUGAAGGAGCUGAGUACGACAAAUUAAUUGAGAUCAACCUGUCAGAGUUGGAACCGCAUAUCAAUGGGCCUUUCACCCCGGAUCUGUCUUUCCCAAUCAGCCAGUUUGGUUCUAGGGCGGCAGAUGAAGGUUGGCCUAAGAAGGUUUCUGCUGCACUGAUCGGGUCUUGUACGAAUUCCUCUUAUGAGGACAUGACUAAGGCAGCUGAUAUCAUAAGGCAAGCCUCGAGGGCUGGCCUAAAACCGCGGAUCCCAUUUUUUGUCUCCCCUGGGUCGGAACAAAUAAGAGCCACCCUGGAGAAGGACGGGCUUCUCGAUAUUUUUAAGAGUAGCGGGGCUAAGGUACUCGCGAAUGCAUGUGGCCCUUGUAUUGGGCAGUGGGACAGGCAAGACGUACCGAAAACGUCUAAGGUUACCAAUGCGAUAUUUACAUCUUUUAAUAGGAAUUUUAGAGCGAGGAAUGAUGGCAAUCGCAAUACUAUGAACUUUCUGACAUCCCCAGAAAUAGUGACGGCAGUAGCAUUCUCCGGGGAUAUGGAAUUCAAUCCCGCAUCUGGGGUACUUGAAGCGCCAGAUGGCAAGCCCUUCAGAUUUAAUGCGCCAAUUGGGAAAGAGCUUCCUGAAAGCGGUUUUACUCCGGGUCGGAUGGAUUUUUACCCAGACUUGGAGCAAAAGCCUGACCCGAAUGUAGAAGUCAAAAUAUCAACACAAUCUGAUCGAUUGCAGGUUUUGGAGCCGUUUCCUGCGUGGGAUGGGAAUGAGCUAGUGACUAUGGUUCUAAUGAGGGUGGAAGGAAAAUGCACUACGGACCAUAUAUCCGCUGCAGGCGCUUGGCUAAAAUACAAAGGACAUCUUGAAAAUAUAUCGUACAAUACACUUAUUGGGGCGCAAAAUAAGGACACUGGCGAGGUCAAUGCGGCAUAUGAUGUUGACGGUAAACGCUAUGGCAUACCGGAGCUUAUGAUGCGCUGGAAAGAGCAAGGCAUUCCAUGGGCAAUAGUAGCCGAACACAACUAUGGGGAAGGAUCUGCAAGGGAGCACGCUGCAUUGUCACCACGUUUCCUUGGCGGAAGGCUUAUCUUAGUGAAGUCGUUUGCGAGAAUACAUGAAACGAAUCUUAAAAAACAAGGAUUACUUCCUUUGACCCUUACAAAUGACGAUGAUUACAAUCUCAUUGCAGCACACGACAAGAUACAAACUGUAGGUCUAAAAGACUUGAUCGCAUUGAAAGGAAAUAACGGCGGGUACCUUGACUUGAAGGUUAUUAAGCCGACAGGCUCCUCCUUUACUUUACGGGCAAAGCACACAAUGUCAGAAAUACAAGUAGAGUUUUUCAAGGCAGGUUCUGCGAUCAACUACAUACGCCAACGCAACUUUGAAGAAAGUUAA